AUGAAUGCGACGGAUGCGACGCCGCCGUGGUCCCGCUCGGAUGGGACAAAGCUAAAGCGAAGCGUGGCCACGGGGCUGUGGGUGGGCUGCCCGCCUCCCUGCUCGCUCUGUGCCCGAUGGGAUCCUUCACCUGGGAAGGAGAAUCCCAACAGCCGGGAGCACAGCCGGGCAGCCCCGAACCCAUGGCUGCCGAGCGUCUGCGGCUCCCUGCGUGGCUUUGCUUUGAGUCAGAAGCGGCUACUGAAGGCCAUCUGGUCCAACUCCUCUUGGGAGCAUGGAAAAAUCCGAGCGCUGAGCGGUGCAGGAAAGGAAUCUGGUGUUGCUGUGUUUUCCUCUCUCCAAGAAAACCUGCUGCCCUUGUCAUUGCAGGCUUCCUCCCCAACGUACAGCGGCUCCAACAUCUAUUCCCCGGAUUCAUCCACCAACUCUGGUCCCAUCAUCUCGGACGUGACGGAGUUGGCUCAGUCCAGCCCUUCAGCAUCUCCCAGCGGCAGCCUGGACGAGAGGAGCAGCCCUGUGGUCCGCAUCAAAGAGGAGCCCCCCAGCCCCUCGCGCAGCCCCAAGGAGAACGAGCCCAGCACCACGACCGCCGCGGCCGGCAACAGCACCGCGCAGCCUCAGCCCCAGGAAAAGUGCCUCAGCGUUGCCUGCCUCGACAAGAACGAGCUCAACGACCACCUGGACACCAUCGACUCCAACCUGGACAACCUGCAGACCAUGCUGAGCACGCACGGCUUCAGCGUGGACACCAGCGCGCUGCUGGACCUCUUCAGCCCUUCCAUGACGGUGACAGACAUGAACCUCCCCGACCUGGACAGCAGCCUCGCCAGCAUCCAGGACCUGCUGUCGUCGCAGGAGCAGCAGAAGCCUUCGGAGGCCGAGGCCGGCGCAGCAGACGCAGGGAAGCAGCUGGUUCACUACACGGCGCAGCCCCUCUUCCUGGUGGACUCGAGCGCGGUGGACGUUGGCGGCGGCGACCUGCCCAUCUUCUUUGAGUUGGGAGAAGGCUCCUAUUUCACCGACGGGGACGAAUACGGCGAGGACCCAACCAUCUCCCUCCUGGCCGGGACAGAGCAGCCCAAACCCAAGGACCCCGCCGUGUCCUAA